CUUGUUUUUGAAAAUUCACGAAAAACAUAAAUUCUAUAAUAAACAUCAAUUAAAAAAUGUUUCUAACUAAUAUUCUGCUCAAAAAAGCAAAAAGCAAAUUAAUAAUGGUUGAAAUGGUUAGUGCUGUGAGCGGCCACAGAUUUAACAUGAUCAGAGAAAGAUUAGCAGACAAAGCUGAGCUUAUAAAGUUUGAUCCAUGGAGUAAUUCAAUUGAUGUCAGUCUACAGAGAAAAUAG